AAUUUUGACAUCAACUGUGUAUGGUUGUGUGUGUAUGUGAGAGAUUAAUUUCUAUUUCACUCUUAAAUCUGUAGCACAAUAUACAAAUAAUACAAAAGCUUUUAAGGCAAUCCAUUAAAAUACAUAUAGUUGAUUUCCGUAAGUGGAAAAAUGAGCAUGAUCAUGUUAUGACCUAAGAUACUUUCAACCUCAACCAACAAAUAAAAUCCUUAAACAACAAUCUGGCAUCUUCAGCCAGCAUCACGUACUGACCGUACAAGAACAGCAGUACGUCAGAGUUUCAGAGGGGAUGACGAGUUUUGAGGUUGCGAGUGUUUGAAUCACCGAUGAAGUCCUGAAGCGGGGUGUGAUCUGAGCUGAGCUGAGGAACAGCUGUGGUUCAUUACAUCUGCAGAGGGAUGUUCUAUGUCAAGCUCAGCCUGACUAUAAGUUCCAGCUCCUCAAUGAACUCUCAGUUCGGGAGGAGAGCAGGUCAAGAAGAAGGUGAAAAAACCUGUGUAAAGAUCCGCCAGGUUAAACAGCGUUUUAACAUUAAAAUGGACCUCAAGCCAGUCUUAAAGAAAUUUGUGUCUCUGGUCCGAGCCUUUCUCACAUUUCUCUUUGCCCUCCUGGUGCUUGGGGUGAUGUUAUGGGCGUACAUCGAUGGUUUCCAGAUCGCCACAUCUCCAUUCGGCAUCAUCUCCUUCGGUUUCUAUGGAGUGCUCCUCAGCCUCCACGUCCUAAUCCAGAGCUUUUUUGCCUUUGUGGAGCAUCGACGCAUGAAUGCGAGACGCAAACCUUGCUCUUACACCAAAACCAUCGGCUUUACCAUAUCAGCCUAUCAAGAGGAUCCUGCUUAUCUGCGUGAGUGUCUUCAGUCGGUCCGGGCUCUUCAGUAUCCUUCUGAACUUCUGCGUAUUGUGAUGGUGGUGGACGGAAACUCAGAAGAUGACCGCUAUAUGUUGGAGAUGUUUCGUGAGGUCUUUGCUGAUCAGGAUCCUGGCUGUUAUAUAUGGCAGAACAAUUACCACUCAUGGAACCCCAAUGGGCAAGACCAGGGUGCAGCUGAAGGCCCUGAUGCAGAUUAUGAGGUGCUGUUUGAAGACCCUCAACGCUUAGAGGUUGAAGAAAUCAUUAGGACCAAGAAGUGUGUGUGCAUAAUGCAGAAAUGGGGAGGAAAGAGGGAAGUGAUGUAUACAGCGUUUAAGGCACUAGGAUCUUCAGUGGAUUUCAUACAGGUAUGUGACUCAGACACAAAAUUAGACCCUCUGGCCACAGUGGAGCUCUGCAAGGUGCUGGAAAGCAACCAGAAAUAUGGUGCUGUGGGAGGAGAUGUGAUGAUACUUAACCUUAAAGACUCCUAUAUCAGCUUCAUGAGCAGCCUGCGCUACUGGAUGGCAUUUAACAUUGAGAGGUCCUGCCAGUCCUUCUUUGACUGUGUCUCCUGCAUCAGCGGCCCCUUAGGUCUUUACAGGAAUGACCUGCUGCAACAGUUUCUCGAAUCCUGGUACAACCAGAAGUUUCUUGGCACUCACUGUACUUUUGGAGAUGAUCGCCAUCUCACCAAUCGAAUGCUAAGCAUGGGCUAUGCUACAAAGUACACAGCCCUCUCCAAAUGCUACACGGAGACCCCUGCUCAGUUUCUGCGUUGGCUCAACCAGCAAACCCGCUGGACCAAAUCCUACUUCCGAGAAUGGCUCUAUAAUGCUAUGUGGUGGCACAAGCAUCACCUAUGGAUGACCUAUGAAUCCAUCGUCUCAGGGAUAUUUCCCUUUUUUGUCACGGCCACCAUCAUCAAGCUCUUUUGGACAGGCACUCUAUGGGACAUUCUGUGGGUCCUGUGCUCCAUCCAGCUAAUCGGGCUUAUAAAGGCGGGCUAUGCCUGCCUCCUACGACAAGAUAUAGUGAUGCUGUUCAUGUCCUUAUACUCUGCCCUCUACAUGACCAGCCUCCUGCCUGCCAAAUACUUCGCCAUUAUCACCAUGAACAAAAGCAGCUGGGGUACAUCAGGUCGGCGUAAGAUGGUGGGCAACUACAUUCCCCUGGCACCACUUUCAGUGUGGGCGGCCAUCUUGUUGGGAGGCCUGGGGUACACGAUUUACAGGGAGGCCAAAAAGAGUUGGCUGACAGAAGCAAAACAAGAAGAGAUCAAGUUUUUGAUAUUUGGAGCCGUAGCUUAUGUUUGCUACUGGCUUAUAAUGAUCUGCCUCUACUGGAUUUGGUUUCGGAGAUUAUUCCGCAAACGCUCUCAGACUUACACUGUGAAUGUUUAAGACAAUUUGUUUGGGCACAUUUUUUAUUUAUUUACGAACACUUGCACAUUUUUUUAAACUCCACAGUUUACAUUCAAUGUUAUUUAUAGAUUUUUUUUAACUUGCAAUUUUAUUUAUGAUGUUUUUGGUUUAGGAGA